AUUUGACAUUUCGCACAGAUAUUACUUGGUAUACACCAUUUAUUACGUUAAAUAUAACGUCUGUACAUACAUACAUACCUAAUUGUGUUUACUACAUCAACGUAAAUGCACUGAACUAAAUUUACUAUAUAGGCAGUAAAGAAUCUAUUUUUCUUGUUUUGAUUCAACUUUCCCGAAAUUUUAGUGAUCCAGUUGAUUGAAAUAGACACAAAACGCAAAAUGGCAUUUAAUAUAAAUGAGCACCAACACAUUCGUUACAAUCCUCUGAAAGGCGAAUGGGUGUUAGUAUCCCCUCAUCGUACAUUAAGACCUUGGAGUGGUCAAGUGGAACCUAGUACAGGGAAUAAAAUUCCUCCCUUUGAUCCCACCAACCCUCUUUGUCCAGGUGUAAAGCGCUCUUCAGGAAUAACUACACCAAAUUAUACAUCGACGUAUGUGUUUACCAAUGAUUUCCCUGCGUUACUGGAAGAGGGACCAGAACCGACUCCUUCAGAUGAUCCACUAUUCCAAAUAGCAACAGCCAAAGGAACAUGCAGGGUGAUUUGUUUCCAUCCACGUUCUGAUGUGUAUAUUCCAACGAUGACCCUCGAGGAAGUGCGUUCAAUUAUAGAAGAAUGGAUUCGACAAAUGAAAGAAUUAGGACCAAAGUUUUUGUGGGUUCAAAUAUUCGAAAACAGAGGCGCUAUGAUGGGAUGUUCGAAUCCUCAUCCUCAUUGCCAAGUUUGGGCGUCAAAUUUUUUACCCAACGAGCCCAGUAUAAAAGACAAACAUUUACGAGAAUAUUACGAAAAGUACAAGAAGCCACUUCUUCAAGAUUACGCUGAAAAAGAGCAGCAGAAAGGUGAGAGGGUCGUAUGUGAAAAUGAAGAGUGGCUGGUAGUGGUACCGUAUUGGGCAAUUUGGCCUUUUGAAACGAUGGUACUGCCCAAAAGACAAAUACAAAGGUUUACUGAUACCGAUGAAAGUCAACGUGAAAAUUUAGCGAAAAUUCUCCAGCAGUUAAUUACAAAAUACGAUAAUGUUUUCAAAUGCAGCUUCCCUUAUUCGAUGGGCUGGCACGGAGCACCCACUGGGCCAAAAUUGAACGAAAACCAACCGCAUUGGACUUUUCAUGGGAUUUAUUAUCCUCCACUGCUAAGAUCAGCCACAAUUAAGAAGUUCAUGGUUGGCUACGAACUACUUGCCCAAAGUCAAAGGGAUUUAUCCCCAGAAAGUGCAGCGGCUGUUUUAAGAAGACAAUCGGAUGUUUAUUAUACGAAACAAUAAUUUUUAUAUGUUAUAAUGUUGUUGUUUAUUUUAUUCUUCACUUAUAUAAUAAAGAACAAUCCUUUAAGUUA